UAAACCCUUCCUGCUGUCAGCCUUGCCACACAGUGCCUCUGUUUCCUCCAGAGGCAACCAUGGCUGUCCCUUGGGCGAAUCUGUUCCCGUUCCUCCUGGUGGUAUUCUGGUGUUCUGGACACCUGGAGACGCUUGCAGAGGAUGUUCUGUGCUAUGAAAAGUUCGAUGACACCACGGGCACCUGCAGUGACCUGCUUGGAGGGGGUGUAAGACUGGAAGACUGCUGUCUCAAUCGUCAGUAUGGUUUCCGGCAGGCCGUUGGUGGCCAGUGCCGUGCCUGCCGUGCGGCGAAGUGGAGCGAAUGGUCUCCAUGGAGUCCCUGCUCCGUGAGCUGCACGGAAGGGGUCCAGCGACGCAGUCGGAUGUGCCAAGGAGUGAACGAGGGCGACUGCGUGGAAGGCAAACGUGAAUGGGAGAUGCGUUCUUGUCUCCUGCAAGACUGCUGUCCGGUGCCUGGUGGCUGGUCAGCUUGGAGCGCCUGGAGCCAUUGCUCAGUGACCUGCCUCAAAGGGGUGCAGACCCGGAAGCGAACCUGCACCAGCCCAGCACCAGUAUGUGGAGGCACCUGCGAAGGAAACGGUGAAGAGAGACAGCCAUGUGACACUCGGCAGAUCUGCCCAACCCAUGGGAACUGGGGAAACUGGGGAAACUGGGAGUCCUGCCCUGCCACCUGCACUCUUGAAGGCUCGGGCCAAAAGCCCCAGAAGCGCCGUCGUCGUCUGUGCAACAACCCUUCCCCUUCCACAGCCCCGCCUGGCAACCAUUGUCAAGGAAGUGACCUAGACCACCAGGAGUGCGUGGGACUGCCCUAUUGUCCACAGAACGGCAACUGGGGCAGCUGGAAGGUUACCAGUCCCUGCUCAGUGACCUGUGGGGUCGGACGCGUGGUGGAGAAGCGCCAGUGUGACAACCCUGCACCAAAGCAUGGCGGGAUGAAGUGUCAGGGGGAAGACGUCCGCCAUCGUCCCUGUGUCACUGGACAGCCUUGCCCAGUGGACGGACGGUGGCUGGCGUGGUCUAACUGGGGCAAAUGUGAAUGGCUUGGCUUAGGAACGGGCAUCCAUUGUCAAGAGAUUCCUGGGCUUCAGAGCAGAAGGCGGAGAUGCAUUGGGAAGGCCCACAAUGGCAAAUCUUGUGACGGAAAAAUCAGUGAAUCGAGGACUUGCUACAAUAUCGAGUUUUGUAGUUUGCCAGGAUCCUGGUCAAACUGGAGUCCUUGGAGCCUCUGUGAGCCACCGUGUGGGCCAAACCCCGUGAAAACACGCCAGAGAGACUGCAAGCCACAGUAUCCCAAUUACCCGAUGAUGGUGGAAGGAGAGAAUGGGGUGAUGCAAGAUGUCCACUUUUGGGGGAGGCCAUUACCCUCGUGCGAAAAGUUGCAGGGGCAGAGCCUGAAGGUGGAGGAACGAGCCCCGUGUUUAAAUGUGCCACCUUGUGAAGAAGGUUGAUUUUGCACAAGCAGGCACUCUGAAUUUCAGGACUGGAUACUUCUGCAGACUGGAGCAUGAGGAGCCGUGGUCCGAGCUGGUUUCAGCCUCCCCGUGACCUUGGGACCCCUUCCCCCUGCAUUGCAUGCUUGCUCUUUUUAAGGCAGUGGUCUUGAGAAUGAUCUGUAUAAUAGUGUUGUUGUUUAUUAUGUGUCUACCCAUACUGUAAUGGGAUAUGAAUGAAUCAUAAACCUUUUCCAUAUUCAGUUUUUCCCCUUCA